CGAUAUGAACCAGCUCGAGCAAGUAGAGCAGGCGGUUCCGAGAUCUUCGUCUCAUCCAUCUCCACCUGCACCGCCGGCUCCUCAGAUAAGAGCUGGUGCCAAGAGAGCGAAUAGUGUUUCAUUAGAGGACAAAGAGAAAUUCCGGUCUCGGAUCAACAGCCUAUUCAAAGGGAGUUUCAAUGAGGGCGACGAUUAUUUUAAAAAAAGCCGCUCAAAUUCAUUGUAUAGACCGAUGAGAUCAGCCGACCUUGGAUCCGUGUUUGAACCGGACUCUCUUUAUUUUGUCAACCAUCGAACGCUUACAACUGCUAAAGAAUGCACGCUUAUCAGUACAGAAGAACUUUGCCAAUUUUUAGUCAGGCACUAUACCGCAGAGCUUCCAGAAACAGAAAGAAUGUUUCCGUGGUUACAUGGAGUUCAUAAGAAUAACGCGGUCCAGCUUAGAUUUCUCUCAAGUUUAACCAAUCAGAUUGACUCUGAUCUACAGAUAGGGGUCCCUUCUAACGUUCGCGGCCUCAUGCCAGUGCGUUCUGCGAGCACCAGUGCUGAGGCCAAUCGCUGUGAUGACAUACUUGCCGAAACAACAGGACAAAUCAAAGGAACCGUUUCGCCGCAUGACAUGCUUGUUUCCGUUUUUAGUGUUCGCAACGUGGAAUUAUACUUGCUUUCGAUCCUACCGGAAGACAUUCUCAGUUCAUUUCCUAUUGAUAUGCUGGUGAAAGAUUGUGUAAGCACUCAACUUUUGCCGCUGUUCAAAGAUAUGGAUCCUCAAGUUGGCGUUUCCCUCCGAAACUUCCAUAUUCAGGUUUCCAAAAUGAGCAAUAUAUCAGACUUGGUCGUCUACUGCUUCAACGAUGAUCAUGAACGCUCCGUUCGUUUGUCCAAGAAAGAAGAUAGUUGGAAUGGCAAAUGCAAGUGCGCGUCCCUGGCAAGACUACUGCAUAUUGCCCAACUAAUGUAUGCGUCGGACCACCCAGAGCUCGCUCAACCAGGUCAACGGAAGCUUUACAACACUUUUGUUCUCGAUGAUGUCAAACUUAAUAUGCUAGAAGCUGCGAAUCUGCUGUCAAUACCCUUGUUAAACCCUGAUGCGUCUUCGAAAGCAACAGGGGACCUUUGUUCUGAAUACGAUAUCGAGGUAUUCAAUAAUUGGGACUCGAAUUACCUUUACCGUGAAAAGCUCGAAAUCUCAAAGAUGUCUUCAGCAACGGAGGUACUUGACAAUGUCUGGUUUGGAAACACAACAGAUUUCGAAUGUCUGCAUAUCCAAUUAAACUCGGGUAAAAAACCUGCCUCUGUUGAUUUAAAAUCGUCGAAUUUCCCAUUGCACUGCGAUCCUUCGAAUACUGUUGUCAUCUUGAAGAAAAAUGACCUUGCUCAGAGGCCAAUCAGGGAGGUCGACGCCAAGCUGAUAACUUUUCCAAGAGCGCAUUGGAAGUUAUUUGUGCAUUGCAUUGAUGGUGCGAGGUUUCCAACUCCGAUGGAAUUGCGAACUGUUAUUUCGAGCAUUGGCUAUUUGCAACAGAUAUACCUCGAGUUUCCUCCAUCAGGUUCUGUGGAGAUCGCUGAUUUGUCGGAGGAAGAUAUAUUAUGCAUAGUCAACGUGUGCAAAUUGCUUUGCUUCCAAUGCACAAAAGACUUUCCCGGUCUUCUAUACUGCUCCGACGGCUACACGGAGACGUCGCUACUCGGACUUUGCUUCAUCAUGUACUCUCAAAAGAUUGGAAUUGAUGAAGCAAUCAUUCGUCUGCACAUGCAGUAUGGUCGGCCUUUUUUCAUAUUCAAGUCCGAUUAUUUGCUGUUACAAAAGCUUGAACCAAUAAUACUGAAGUUUGCACAGCACAAGGGCGAUAAAUUAACUCUUGAGGAUGACAGAGGCGUCGUGAAAUCAUUCUUGUUAGCUCCUAAACAUGUCAGGCACAAGGCCACGUUGGACAUGUCUUUCAAUUCUGUGUUGCACACGGCUACAGGUCAGCACGUUGUACAUCUUCGUGAGCAACAAAAAAGACGUGCUAAAGAUCUUGAUUCUGACACGGAAUCAACUUCUAGUUUAUCUUCCGCUGGUACUGAUUUAGAGGUGUCAGGAGUAUGUGAGUCAGUGGCAGGUUCUAUUCCUUCAAGGGUGCUUCCACAUCUUUAUUUGGGGUCAUUGAGUCACGCAUCCAGCCUCCGACUGUUGAAGGAGCUUGGUAUCAACUAUGUUGUGAGUGUUGGAGAGCAUGUGCCUUGGUUAGACGAUUUGGAGUACGCUACGGGCACGACUGAGAGUGGGUGUGAGAUUUUUAAGAUAUGUUCAGAUCAAAAAGUCGACGGAAGCGAUUGUGGUGUCGAAGAAGUGAUGAGGAUUAAUAAUAUCAACGACGAUGGCAUUGGCACUCUAACAACCACCAUUAAUGAUGCUCUUGACUUCAUUGACAAGUGUUACGAAAGUAAUGGAAAGGUCCUGGUUCAUUGUCAAGUUGGUGUCUCGCGCUCGGCCACUGUUUGCAUUGCAGAGGUCAUGAAGAGAAUAAAUGUGAGUCUUCCUCGGGCAUACCUCUAUGUGCGUGUGCGCAGGCUGAACGUGAUAAUCCAGCCUAAUUUGAAACUGAUGUACGAACUAUUCAAAUGGGAGGAGCUGUUUAUGCGGUCAAAGCUGAAAAAGCGACAGUUCAGCGUUUCUUCUCAAUCGUCGAACGGCCAAUCUAACAACUCGACGUUCUCCACGAAUCACAGCGGCAGAUCGUCUUUUUCGAAUAGUGUGGGGUCGGUGAGUUCCACCUUCAUUUCAUCCUCUGCGCGAGAUAAGCCUAGGUUCUCCCUAGCUGGCUACGAAACGGCGAUAUCCGAAGAGGCAGACGAGUUUGACAUCCGACACCUCGAUCUUGGGCCAGAGGAUGUUAUAAGCAACACUCCUGGCUUCAUACGUGAGGUGGACUGGUACAUUUUUUGCAGAGAGAUUUUUAAUUUGAACCGGGCUUACAUUAAGCCUGGUAAAUAGGCGUCGCAUAUACGAGUCGAUCGUCGGCAAUAUAAAUUCUAGCGAG